UUUGAAACUUCCACAUCAUUGCAUUCCGUUUUUAUUUACAAUUUGUACUUUGUCCCAACUUUUUUGGAAUCAGGGUUGUAAGAGGGAUGCAUGGGAAAGUGUCUCGUUCAAUAUGAAUGCUGCGUUCCCCGGAGUCUCCCGCACAGCCGAUGACUGUGAAAAGAGAUGGUAUUCGCUGCAAUCUCAUUCGAGGACUGAGAUUGCAGCCUACAAACGAGCCAUCAGUAAAACAGGAGAAGGCUCAGCACCAAAGCCUCUGUCCCCAGUUACAUCAGUGGUGUACAGCGUGCUGGGGUCAGAUACAAGCAUCACUGGUAUUGAGGGUGCUGCUGACCCAGCAAUGCAGUUAUUGUUACAGAUAGAGGCGGCACAGGAGGAUCAACACCCAGAAUAUCCUCCUCUUCCUCUCCCACAUCCUCCUCUUCCUCUCCCACGACCUCCUCUUCCUCUCCCACCUCCUCCUCCUCGUCUCCCACAUCCUCUUCCAUCUCCCUCAUGCACUCUUCCUCUUCCAGCUGCAGCGUCUCCCUCCAGUGGGCCUCUGUCUCCUCCUGCCACCCCUCUCCUUCCUGCUGCAGGUGCCAGUUCCUCACCCCGAUGGAAAAAAAAUGAAGAUGGAAAUACACGUGCUUAGAAGGCAAAAGAAGGUUUUG